CUUAAAAAAAAUAAAAUUAAAGUAAACCCUACAAAAAAUGCAACGGUACAAAGCAAAAUUCAUGGUUUCCCAUAAGACAUUUAAUACUACUACAUUAUAAGUAUGAUCAGAGCUUACAGAAGAUGCAAGAUUUAUCUCCAUUUCACCAAUUCAGAAGAUUAAAAUUAAAUAAAAUAGUACUCCAAAGUACAGAAGAAAUACUACUUUAAUAUUUUAUCUCUAAAGUCCCAAAAUUUACCAGUAACACGUAAAAUAAUAUUUUUCUUUUAUCAAAUAAUAAAAAUUGACGAGAAAGUUCAUUACCCAAUGAGUGAGUGAGUUUAGGUUUUAAAAGGAGGAAUAAAUGGUGGUGAUGACCAGUAGCUAACCCCUUCAGAAAACAGAGCCAGAGUCAGCCCAGACAACACCAUUAUUUGCAUCUCUGCCAGCUCCAAACACUCCCACGUUCUUCCCCCUUUUCCCCUCUCCUCAAUCAAUUCCUUCUUCUUCAUCAUCAAUCUGAAUGUGCCAUUUUUCUUCAUUUUUGAUUUCUUGAAUCCUUUCCUCCACCCCUUCAUUAUGAUUACACUACAAGGGGCAAUGCUGAAGAAGAAACCAAAGCCCUUUUCGGUUUUCUCUCUGUUUCUCUGUUUCUUGAUAGUUUCCCAGAUCUGUUUCCGUUCAGUUGCAGGAGAAGAUGUUGAUGGAGCUGAUCUUGAUACCAUCAGGGAUGACAGCAAGAAGCUCCAUUUUGACAACCCGAGUCUCCAGCAAGCUUACAUUGCCCUUCAGGCAUGGAAGUUAGCCAUUUUCUCUGACCCUUUUAAGUUCACGCAGAACUGGAUUGGUCCCAAUGUGUGUUCUUACAAAGGCGUUUACUGUGCUCCCUCUCCUUCUAAUUCUUCCCGGCUAGUCGUCGCCGGGAUUGACCUUAACCACGCUGACAUCGCCGGGUACUUGCCGCCGGAGCUCGGCCUCUUGACCGAUCUGGCUCUCUUCCACAUCAACUCCAACCGAUUCUGCGGCGUUGUUCCCAAAUCGUUCAGGAAUCUCAAGCUGCUCUUCGAGCUGGACCUCAGCAACAACCGAUUUGUUGGUGGGUUUCCGAAAGUGGUGUUGUCUUUGCCUUUGCUGAAGUUCCUGGACUUGAGGUUCAAUGAUUUUGAAGGGCCGGUUCCGUCUCAGAUUUUCGACAAGCGUUUGGACGCUUUGUUCUUGAACGACAACAGAUUCCGGUUCGGAAUCCCGGAAAAUCUUGGGAACUCUCCGGUUUCCGUCCUUGUUCUGGCUAACAACAACUUGGGAGGAUGUAUUCCGGGCAGCAUUGGGAAAAUGACCAAGACUUUGAACGAACUCAUCUUGCUGAAUGACAACUUGACCGGUUGUUUGCCGGCACAGAUCGGGUUGUUGAAGAGGCUGACGGUUUUGGAUGUGAGCUUUAAUCAUCUACAGGGAUCCCUUCCGGCAACCAUCGGAAGAAUGAAGAGCUUAGAGCAGCUGGAUAUCGCUCACAACCGGUUCACCGGUGUGAUUCCGGCCAGCGUUUGCAGGCUUCCCAGGUUGCAGAAUUUCACUUAUUCUUUCAACUAUUUCACCGGAGAAGCUCCGACUUGCGCAGCCAGCCUGGGUGGAAAGGUUGGGGAUGAUCAGGAGAACUGCAUUGCCGGGAAGAAGAAUCAGAGAUCAGCUAAGGAGUGUUCUUCUAAUGAUGCGAAGCCUUUUGAUUGUAGAAAAGCCAAGUGCGGAAACUCGCCGCCGUCGCCGUCAAGUAGGAAUAGACCUCCGGUUGGAAGAUUGUCGCCGCCUAAGCCCAAUAGGCCUCCCAGACCAUUCAAGGGAUCACCACCGCCGCCGCCGUCUUCCGCAUCUUCGCCGUCGACGAGAUCACAUCCUCCACCACCGCCGUCCUCCACUCCUCCAACAACAACGCCCCCAACUCCUACCACACCGGUAAACCCUCCAACAACGCCGCCAACUCCUUCCACACCGGUAAACCCCGUCCCACCGCCACCCAAGGAAGAGGUUUCCCCCGGAACCCACUAUAGGUCGCCUCCGCCGCCUGCUCCAGUUAACCCACCAUCUCCUCCGGUGAAUACUCCCACACCAAGUUACCAGAGCCCACCACCACCUCCUCCACCAGUCUAUACUCCGACACCAACUUACCAGAGUCCGCCACCACCUCCACCACCGGUUUACCAGUCUCCUCCACCUCCGCCAGUUUACACCCCAACACCAACUUACCAAAGCCCACCUCCGCCUCCGCCAGUCUACACUCCUACACCAAGUUAUCAAAGCCCACCACCACCGCCGCCGCCAGUUUACCAGCCUCCUCCAUCUCCGGCACCAAGUUACCAAAGCCCACCUCCACCGUCUCCAGUUUACACCCCGACACCAACUUAUCAAAGCCCCCCGCCGGCACCUCCAGUAUAUACUCCACCACCUACUUACCAAAGUCCGCCUCCACCACCGCCAGUUUAUACACCAACGCCGACUUAUCAAAGUCCACCACCACCACCGGUUUACACACCAACACCAACUUAUCAAAGCCCCCCUCCACCUCCACCACCACCGCCAGCCGAAUGUAAUGAACCGGUCCCACCGCCACCACCAUCAUCCCCUCCGUAUUCCUACACCUCACCACCGCCUCCAUCCCCGUCGCCACCACCACCUCCGGUAGUAUAUUCAUCACCCCCACCACCACCACCUCCCCAAUCUCCACCACCACCAGUAGUAUACCCAUCACCGCCGCCACCACCGCCGGUGGUACAUUCACCACCACCACCAUCACCAUCCCCACCACCACCUCCAUCACCAUCGCCACCACCUCCACCUGUAUAUUCUCCGCCUCCGCCUCCGCCGAAAUCACCGCCACCUCCACCACCAACAGUGGCGGCUCCUCCACCGGAAUGGAACGUGCCUCUUCCUCCAGUCGUAGGAGUCUCUUACGCAUCACCACCACCCCCAACCAUUCCAUAUUACUAAACCCCAAAAGUAAAGGAUUGAAAUGGGUGGGAAGGAUAAUUAUGACUUUUGCGCGGCUGCCAUAAUUUGUACUUUGGAGCAAUGAUUUUAUAAUUUGUUAUAGCUGGUAGUAAGAGUAUAUUAUGAUCAUAUAUGGGUAGUAGUAAUUUUUGGGGGAUUUUUUUUUUUUUUUUUCCAUUUUGGGUUUGAGGCCUAAUUUAUUUCAUUGUGAUAUUACAAGAAGAUGGGAUAACAUUGUAUUAAUUGCUAUACAAAUGUUUAUUUGUGUAUAAUCGAAAUUUACAUUAUAUCCAUUUUUUCAUUCAAAAGGGUGCGUCUUGAGUUAUGUUUCUGGUUUCUGAGUUCUUGUAAGGUUUUGAAGUUUGAACUGGGCAUCAUAAUGUUGUCCAGAUGUUCGCAUCUAACUCUUUCGAAUGCUAGUUAACUUGGUAUCUACGGUAUUUCUCCAACAUCUUUGUGUAUAUACUCCUUUUGUCUUUGUCUUAAAAUUAUUGUUAAGUUAAGAUUUUAUUUUUAGUACUCCUUCCGUCCCAUAAUUAUUGUCCUAUUUGAG